AUGGAGAAUGAAAAACAUCAAGACUUUCACGAAGAAUCCACUGGUGAUGGAGUCGGCAAAAGAAACCCUGUCUCUGACGAGAAGGCAAAUUCAGAAUGGGCUGAAAACACCCGACGCGAAGAAUCAGCUCGAGGCAUCUUCGACUUUGACGAGAGUCAGACAGUCAGUGGGAAGUUUGAGAAUCCCCUCGCAGGUAUCCCCAAGGCCAGACUCUUCAAAGAUGUCGACAAGUUCUGUCAUGACUACGGCUUAAUGGAUAAAGUCGAGAUGAUGCGAAAGGGUGCAUUGGUCGCACAGUCCCCUCUGUCAUUUCACGAGAUCGAGGAGCUGUCGGACGAGGAAAUUGCCAUCUUGGAGCAUGAGAAAGCUCACAAAUGGAACCAACCAUGGAUGCUUUACUGGCUCACAGUGAUGUGUGCGAUGGGAGCGGCAACCCAGGGCAUGGACGAGUCGGUCAACAACGGCGCAGUGGCCUUCUAUCCAGAUCAGCUCGGCAUCAGCAAGCUGAGUAAUGCCACCUGGAUUGAAGGGUUGGUCGUAGGUGCUCCAUAUCUGGCCUGCGCAGUCCUGGGCUGCUGGCUCAAUGAACCCCUGAACUACUAUUUUGCUCGCCGGGGUACAAUCUUCAUCUCUUGCUUUUUCGCCGCCUGGGCCUCCAUUUGGGAGGCAUUCACCUACUCCUGGCCUCAACUGUUUGCUGCUCGAUUUGUACUCGGCUUGGGAAUUGGCGCCAAAUCUAGCACCAUCCCAGUCUACGCUGCCGAGUGCGCGCCGGCACCUAUCCGAGGUGCCCUGGUCAUGCAGUGGCAAGUGUGGACCGCAUUUGGCAUUAUGCUUGGCAACAUCAUGGGUGUCGCGUUUUAUUCCCUAGGCCCAGACGUCGGCUGGCGGGUCAUGCUUGGCUCCAGUUGUGUGCCACCCCUCUUUGUCAUGGCACAGGUGUUCUUCUGUCCGGAAUCUCCACGCUGGCUGGUCGAGAAUCACAAAGUCGACAAAGCAUAUCGAUCGUUUCGCCGCAUCCGCAACACUGAGCUCGAGGCAUGUCGAGACCUAUUCUACACCUACGUGGGAGUUGAGAUGGAACGAAAAGUCAACAGAGGAAAGAACUUCUUCACAAAGCUGGCCGAGCUGUUCACUGUUCCUCGAAACCGCCGAGCCACUAUGGCAACGUGGAUGAUCAUGUUUGGACAGCAAUUUUGUGGGGUCAAUGUCAUUGCGUACUACUCAACCACUAUCUUUGUGCAAAGCGGAUACUCGCAUCCGCAAGCCCUUCUAUUUUCAAUGGGAACAGGCAUCUUGAACUGGGUCUUCGCCUUACCGGCAUUCUUUACAAUCGACACAUUCGGAAGACGUUUCCUACUCCUGGUGACAUUCCCGUUCCUGUGCAUCACCCUGCUAUGGACAGGCAUGUCAUUCUUCUUGCCUGAGAACACGACGUCGCGAACUGCUAUGAUCACAACAGGCAUGUAUCUCUAUGAAGUGUUCUAUUCUCCGGGCAUGGGCCCGGUACCAUUUUCAUACUCUGCAGAGUCAUUCCCAAUCCAGGUGCGAGAUGUCGGUAUGGCGUCCGCAACCGCCGUACUCUGGGCGUUCAACUUUAUUCUCUCAUUUACAUGGCCCGCUCUCGUCAAGGCGUUCCAGCCUCAGGGGGCGUUUGGCUGGUAUGCCGCAUGGUGUGCGGUACUGUGGCUACUAACGCUUCUAAUUUUCCCCGAGACAAAGGAGCUUACACUGGAGGAACUCGACGCGGUCUUCAGUGUUCCAACGCGCAAACAAAUCGCUCGCGGGAUGCGCGAGCCAUUCUACUGGGUUAAUAAGUAUAUUCUCCGCCGCAACGUGGAGCUCCCUCCACUGGUGGACAUUCAACAACUGCGUGGUAAGCGGCAGGAAGCGGGUAUGGUUGCCCCUGCCUGA